CAGAGGGGAAGGGUUGGUGGGAUCAAACCUAGAUUAUGGGGCUGGUGGGUGAGGGACCUAUGGGGCAUCUCAGAAGCCCAUACUACCUCUGCAAAUGCUUGGGGUAGAGAGCGGGCCUCUCCCCACGAGCCACACCAAGGCCACACCAAGGGAGUUCUCUGCUAGACAGAUUCCUGAAAAGUCUUAAAACUAAGACCAAUGUCUAAGGUUUCCUUCCAGAUAUCACGGCUUGGGAUGUUAAAAGGAAUGUAUUUCUUUGUCAUUACUAAUAAAGGGAGAAACGACACAAUUUGGCCCCAGAAUUUUGAGAAAUGUCUACAGGCAAAAGAUGGAUGGGAUCACUGGGGGCCCUUGCCGGGAUCCAACCCCGGGACAGAUGUUCCCUCCCACGGUGUUGAUUCCACUGAUGCUACCUGCGACUCUUGUCCCCAGGAUGGCAUCAGGCAGGGCACGCUGCACCCGAAAGCUGCGGAACUGGGUGGUGGAGCAAGUGGAGAGCGGGCAGUUCCCCGGGGUGUGCUGGGACGAUGCAGCCAAGACCAUGUUCCGGAUCCCCUGGAAGCACGCGGGCAAGCAGGACUUCCGGGAGGACCAGGAUGCCGCCUUCUUCAAGGCCUGGGCGAUAUUUAAGGGGAAGUACAAGGAGGGGGACACGGAAGGCCCUGCUAUCUGGAAGACUCGUCUGCGCUGUGCCCUCAACAAGAGUCCUGAAUUUGAGGAGGUUCCUGAGAAUGGCCAUAGGGACGGAGCUGAGCCCUACAAGGUGUAUCGGCUGCUUCCGCCAUCAGGGACCCUCCCCGCCCAGCUGGGGACCCAGAAAUCACCAUCAAAGCGACGUCACAGUUCUGUGUCCUCUGAGAAGGAGGAUGAGGGUACCACAAAGAACGGCAAGCUCAGUUCCUCCUUGCUUGAGGACCCCCUCAGAAAUGAGGAGGUGGGGGCCAAUGGGGGAGCAGGCCAUUCAAACUUCGGGAGCAGCGGCGGCAGCAGCCCCGAGCCUCAGGAAGGGACAGACACAACUGAAGCCCCUUUCCAAGGAGAUCAGGUGUCACUGGAGUUUCUGCCCCCUCCAGACUCAGACUACUCGCUGCUGCUCACCUUCAUCUACGGCGGGCGUGUGGUGGGUGAAGCCCAGGUGCAGAGCCUGGACUGCCGCCUUGUGGCUGAGCCCUCGGGCUCCCAGUGCGGAAUGGAGCAGGUGGUCUUUCCCAAGCCUGACCCACGAGAGCCCACCCAACGCCUGCUAAGCCAGAUCGAGAGGGGCGUCCUGGUAGCCAGCAACUCCCGGGGCCUCUUCGUGCAGCGCCUCUGCCCCAUUCCCGUCUCCUGGAAUGCGCCCCAGGCACCACCCGGUCCCGGCCCGCAUCUGCUGCCCAGCAAUGAGUGCGUGGAGCUCUUCAGAACCAACUACUUCUGCAGAGACUUGGCCAGGUACUUCCAGGGCCUGGGCCCCCCACCCAAGUUCCAGGUGACACUGAAUUUCUGGGAGGAGAGCCCCAGCCCCAACCAUACCCCAAAGAGUCUUAUCACAGUGCAGAUGGAGCAGGCCUUUGCCCGACAUUUAUUGGAGGAGACUCCAGAGGAGCAGUCAGCCACUCUGUCCCUGCUGCAGAGCCUGGGGGACCCAUCUUCCUCCUCUCCUCUCUGUUCCUCCUAUCUCCUUUGAAAGAGACUCAUUCUCCACACUGUUGACCUGCCUCCCUCGGUGAUAAUUCUCAAUGGUUGUCUCUGAUGGUUACGUCCUUGAACUGACGAUACACCUGGCUGGCAGAGAACUCAGGGGUGAUUUUUAUCCACCCCACCACCUUUUUGUUUUGUUUUGUUUUUUUGAGAUAUGCCUUCUUUCAUCUUUGAGGAACCGACCUGGGAAAGUACAAAUGGUGUGAACUCAGGGGACCUUUCCUCUUCCCCCACCCCUAAAGCCAAGCACUUUAUAUUUUCUUCUUAGAUGUUCACUAGGGAUUUAAAAUAAAACUUUAUUGAAAGAGG